UGAUCUGGUAACCGAAUGCGUGCGCGCGUGCGGUUGAGAGCGGUCGAAGCAAGAGAGCACGAGAGAGAUGGGAGCUUUGUUUCGAGCGGUGGAAGCAAAGAGUUAGAUUCAUCGAGCGGUGCCCCGAUCCGUUGAGAGCGCAGAUAAAUCGCAAUCAAAUCGGCGUCGCUCUACUUUCUCAUGUCGUCGUUAUCGUCUCUCUCACUCUAUGAACAGUCUCGGGCUCGGCGAAAAGUGCCGGGCGUGCAGUUGAAGUUCUAACUUCGAUCGAACUCUCGCAAGAAUAUCAAUAUCUAUGGCAACCAAGAAAAAACUUUCCAUAGCUAUAGUGUCUGAUGCCUAGCUAGACAGAGCAAUGACACAAGGGCUCCUGCACUUACCGUGAUCACCAGGAACUGAUUACGCCAUGACGCCAUCGCGACCGAGAGGACGAGGAGCUCCUGCGCUGCUCGGCGUCUGGGCGGCUGCAAAUGCGUUUUUCGUGUUUGCGUUUGAGUCGGCAUCUACUUCGUUGAACACUACUUCUACCUCGACGAGCACCAUGGAACCGGUGUCCGUGACGCUGGAGCGCAUGUUGAGCGACUUGCGGACCGAGUGUCUCCUCACGGCGGACCGCCUGGUGGAGCUGGCGCACCACAAGCACCUGUACCGGGCGCGGCAGAUCGAGCUGGCGACUAGCUCCGCGAAGAAGCAGUGCGACCACACCUUCGACGAAGCGGUGGCGGGGGAGGCCGAAGAGGCCUGCUUGGACCGGCUGAAAUCCUUCCUUCGGACGGCGCAAGAGGAGGACACGCUGCUCGUGGCGCAGGCGGCCAAGGCGGUCCGGUCCUACCGAAGCACCGCUGGUGCAACCACAGCAGCUGCCUCGUUUCUGGAGGAGGACGGGAGUACGAGCUUCGAGUUUCUGGACAAGCAACCGCAGCAAGAACAUGAUCUUCACGGGGAAGAUAAACCCCACAGCAGCACACCAAGAUCAACAUCGCACCAGCCGUCGAGUCUUUCUCAGCUGGAAAGCAGACGGAGCGCAAUGAAGAAGCAGGUCGAGAACGCACGGGCGAAGGAGCGUGCGCUUCUCAUGAGGCAGGAAAAACAAGUGUCGAGAAGAUCCUCUUCACAGCAGCAUCAAGAAGAUCAUAAUCCCGACAGCGGCAGGACACUCGCGUUUGCAGAAGGUGAGGCACGACCAGUGCUGGCUACGCACGGUGUUGCCGACGAGGUGGACCAAAUAACAAGACUGUUGGACGACGACAGUUUGUUGAAAGAAGACGACCCGCUUGCAGCUGCAAAGUUUGCUUCUGCUUUGCAGAAAACAACGAGUCAUGGCAGAGAAGAUGCGUCAACAGGUGGUCGCUCCCUGACCACGAUACAGCAGCAAUUGAAGGCCGCUCGGGACCAGCGACUGGCGGCCGAAGGGCAGGCGAAGGAGCACGAGAUCGAGGUGCAGUUCCACCAGCGGCUGAGCUUGCUCGAGAAAAAAGAAGCCUCUACUUCGGUCACUACCGCUGCACCCAGCACGACCUCUCACACGAACACGACGGAGGCCAUAAUACGGAUGGAGUCCGUGAUUCAAAUCUUGGACCGUAUGGCAACGGUAUCACUACAUUCAUUGACAGUUUUGCGAUUUGUGUAUUUUCAACCGGCGUCUACUUUCGGCAGGAGAUGCAAGCAUGAGCACCUAAUCAAGGAAACUCUUUUCAGUCGUGCUUGUGGUAUCUUUGUUCAACCCGAUAAUUUUGAUCUGCAAUCGCAUUUCGUUUUCAUAAUUUCCAAACAGCAAAUUGUCGACGAAAUGCAAGCCGUCGCCGAGAUCCGCGCGACGUCUUUCGCACAAACGGGGGAACAUCAACACCUGGACCACACGACCCACAAGCUGGUCCGACACGAGGUAAAAGCCGCAGACUUUCCAUUGCCCAGCAAGAAACCGCCACGGGCACUUGCGGCUGGCAUCGGGGCGCCCGACAUCGCACCAGGAAGUGGGGACGAAGUCUACGGGGAUGAUAGUGCUACCACGGACGGCACGAACAGCGAAUCCGACUUCUCAACCACAUUUUUGUCCAGCUACACGUUCGUUUCCUGGCUGCGGGAUCUGUUCUCCUUUUCCGCGAUUUUUAGCAGUGGUUCAACAACUACAUCCGGUGGCGAUUACAAAACGGCCAGUCCGCUUACUCCAAUUUUGGUUUUCGGGAUUUCCUUUGCCUUGAUGCUGAUGAUUCUGGCCUGCAACACUCUGUGGCGCUGGAAGUAAAGCGUGACAUGUGACAUGCAAUUAUGGAAGCAGAUGAAAUCGACGUCAAGAAAAAGAAUGUAUGAGAAUGUCAAAAACAUCAAGGUCUAAAGGACGAAGAAUUUGAACAAGAAUACAGAUGACUGAUGCCGCGAUUCGUACUGGUAUAUUAGUACUGGCACCGACUGAUGAGUUUUGUGAGCUUGCGUGCUGCUGCUGCUGCUGUCUGCAGUAUCGUUUCACUGCUAAAGAAAGACAAAUGCCUAGUGAAAAGCGACGAGUCGCCGUUCUUUCGUGCAAG